AUGGUCGACAUUGUCCCUCUCUCAUCGUACCCCUCCUACAUCGACCUUCUUCCCUCAAUGCAAACCUGCAAUAUCACCAACCUUCCCGAGAACUACUUCUUGAAGUACUACCUUUACCACGCCCUGACAUGGCCCCAGCUGAGCUUUGUGGCUGUUGUCCGUCCCAAGAAUGGAUAUAAAUCAGGCUCUGGGCCUGGUAUGGCGGGCGACAUCUCCGGCCAGUAUCCCAAAGUGGUGGGGUACGUUUUGGCAAAGAUGGAGGAAGAGCCUAGUGAUGGUGUGCAACACGGCCAUAUCACGAGUUUGAGUGUGAGGGGCACGCAUCGUAGACUGGGCAUUGCGGAGCGCUUGAUGCGCAUGAGUCAACGUGCGAUGGCCGAGUCGCACCGUGCCCACUACGUCUCCCUGCACGUCCGCAUGUCCAAUACUGCCGCUCUUCGUCUUUAUCGCGAUACCUUGGGAUUUGAAGUCGAGAAGGUUGAGAGCAGAUACUACGCCGACGGCGAGGAUGCCUACGCCAUGAAAUUGGAUCUGCAGAAGCAAUGGCUGGAUUGGAAGGCCAUCGAGAAGCGGGACCGCGAGAAUGAAAAGGCUGACGGUGAUGAGAACGCAGACGAGGGAGAUGAAGUCGGUGACUUGGGCAAGAAGGGAGACGGCAAGGAAGGCGAGAAAUUGGUCAAGGUGAAGGUUGGUCGCGGUCUGGGUGUUGGUGACCUCGUCGAGAGGAAUGAGAGCCAACAGUCAUAA